AUGCUAGAAUAUACUGGACAGACUAAAGCAAAUUCAGAAGGUUUCCAUUCAGUUGUAGACUCCGAUAUAGAAAGUUGGAUAAAAAGACCUAAAUCCAGUUCACAACAAGAUUAUCGAAAACUAUUUGAAUUAACAAAACAUUGUUACGCUGCAAAAUUGCCUUAAGCAAAUUGUGAUGAGAUUCCUGAGUUUGAUACUUAUGAGGAUUCCUUCUUACAAAGACCUUCUAUGUGUACGAAUAAAUCAAGCAAACAAAGCUAUGAAAUUAUGAAGGAGGAGAAGCAAUAGGAGAAAGAAUUAAUCACACCUAUAAAUGAUGAGGACAAGCAUUUGUUGUUGAGGAGUGAUCAAGAGCAAUGCAAAUUGUUAGCAAUCAAAAUGAAGAGUGGAGGAUGCUAUACAGGAUAGUGGUACAAAAGAAAACCACACGGUAUUGGGGAAUAUCUAUUUGCUGAUUCGAGUAGAUAUGUCGGAGAAUGGAAUAAUGGUUUUGCAAGCGGAAAGGGAGAGUAUUAUUAUGCUGAUGGUGGACACUAUAAAGGAGAAUUCCAUUUAAACAGCAUGCAUGGCACAGGAAUUUACAAAUACGCAGAUGGAACCGUAUAUGAUGGUCAAUGGAUGAAUGAUAAAUACCAUGGAUAUGGAAUUGAAAUAAAAAACGAAAGCCAAUAUAAGGGUAAGUUUAAGAAUGGUUUGAAACAUGGUCAAGGAACCUUGGUAUUUUCUAAUCAGGAAAAGUACGAGGGGUCAUUUGUGAAUGGUCUAUUUGAAGGGAAAGGAGUUUUUAUUUGGCCAGAUGGAAGAAGAUAUGAAGGAGAUUGGAAAAAAGGAGUGAUGCAUGGAUAAGGGAUGUUGCAAUGGUUAGAUGGUCGUAUCUACGUAGGACAGUAUGUGAAUGAUAAAAGACAAGGAUUCGGAACAUUCCAAUUUGCUGAUGGUCGUAAAUAUGCAGGUUAGUGGAUGAAUGGACUAUAACAUGGAUCAGGAGAGUUUACUGAAUUUCAUGGUUAAGUUACGAAAGGAGUUUGGAGAGACGGCAAAUUGUUUUCAAUUUAUUGA